GCGAGCCUGGGGCCGUGCGGCAGUGCCGGCGGGCGGUAGCUUUGAUUUCCCUCUGGGUCUUUACCCUGCCUCUCGGAGGCCGGGAGGUGAGUCCUCCCGGCAGGCCGACUGCGGGGGGCCAGAGCAAGGAGGGCCGCGGCGGGCCCCAGGAGAACCUUGGAAUGGACGAAGAGGGAGCCCGGCAGCCCGCUGGGCCACCCGCAAGGAAGAAAUUCCUCAUACCGCUGGACGGGGAUGAGGUCCCUCCUGCUGGGCUCAAGCCCUUAUUCAAAUCCACACAGAGCUGUCCCACCACGGAGACAGCCCAGGCAGCCCCUCAGACCUACGCUGAGUACGCCAUCUCGGGACCUGCAGGGGGAGCUGCAGCCACACACCCGACGGGGCCAGAGCCCCAGGCAGGGGAGGCCCUCGGCCAGGCUCCCAAACCAGGGACAAAAUCCAACAGCAUCAUUGUGAGCCCCCGGCAGAGGGGCAACCCCGUGCUGAAGUUUGUGCACAACGUGCCCUGGGAAUUCGGCGACGUGGUUCCCGACUACGUGCUGGGUCAGAGCACCUGUGCCCUCUUCCUCAGCCUCCGCUACCACAACCUCCACCCAGACUACAUCCACCAGCGGCUGCAGAGCCUGGGGAAGAACUUCGCCCUGCGGGUCCUGCUCGUCCAGGUGGACGUGAAAGACCCCCAGCAGGCGCUGAAGGAGCUGGCUAAGAUGUGCGUCCUGGCGGACUGCACACUGGUCCUGGCCUGGAGCCCCGAGGAGGCUGGACGAUACCUGGAGACCUACAAGGCCUAUGAGCAGAAGCCGGCGGACCUCCUGAUGGAGAAGCUGGACCAGGACUUCAUCUCCCGGGUGACUGACUGUCUGACGACCGUGAAGUCAGUCAACAAAACGGACAGUCAGACCCUCCUGACUACUUUCGGGUCUCUGGAACAGCUCAUAGCUGCAUCGCGGGAAGAUCUGGCGUUGUGUCCAGGCCUGGGGCCUCAGAAGGCCCGCAGGCUGUUCGAUGUCCUACACGAGCCCUUCUUGAAAGUACCCCGAUGACCUCCACUGCCAAGGAGGCCCCAUGUGUCACAAUAAAGUGUUUCCCCGGU